UGCGGGCAUCUCGACUCGUCCAGCUACUGCUUCCAACAAUAAGCACCAAGGACUCGACAGGGCGGUGAGCAGCACGUCGGACCGUGCCUGGUCGUUUACGUUUUGCUACAGGUGACAAAUCAACCAAGUCGUGACGCGUUUUCACCUUUACAAAGAAGCGUUUGGAUUUUCGGUGGAUGAGCUUCGGAGUUUGUUAACCACGCACUGCUUGCUCAAACAGGUACGAUCACGCUGCGUCUGCAAGCGCUUGCGACUCUCUGGCAGUCGCAUGUUUCGUGUGCGCUUUUUCGUCUCGUCUUGCCCGCAGAGAAGCGCUGCUCAUUCGUUCGCGAAGGAGGGAGAAAGCCUCGACUCGAGUCACCCAGAACGGUGCGGUCUAUCAAUAUCACAAAGCAAGCAGAAACGGCGAGACCAGAUCACCUGCGAACGGCAGAGUAAAGACCCUGCGUGAGCGUUGCGAGCAACGGGUUUACGCCACGGUCUCUCCUCGCCGGUUGCAGCACCCCGAGAUCGGCAGGUGCUGCUCAUUUUGCCAAUUGCGAACUCAUCGCAACGGCAGCGCCUUUCGACCAUCUGCUUAUAGGACUCAUCGGCACCACAUCUCAGCAGCUCAAUACUCAUGCAAAGUAUCACCAGCAGCGAAGACGACGCGCGUCUCCUGGUGACCGCCACCAUGAGACCCGAGCAGCCGACGCCCUCCAAGAAGAAGCACUCCACCGACAUCAAGAAGAAGAAAAACGGCAAAGUCCGAGCGCUCUCGACGGAGCGCAGCCGCCAGUGCCGGGAACGCCAGAAGCAGUACUCGGAGAACUUAGAGGCAGUCGUACGCGCGCUGCGCACCGAGGUGUACGACCUCGAGAUCCUGCGUAACCUGCGCAGGGAGCAGUCCCUUCAGCUCCCCGGCUCCGUCUCCGGGUCACUCGCUAAGAUCGUGCGUGAGUACAUGACCGUAUUCAGACACGGCAUGCCGUCGCCGGCGGUGGAAGCCGCUACCGGUAUCGCCGGAAAGAAGCGGGCACUCUCUGUGGCCUACCAGCCCACUCCCGACGCGCAGUGCGAGUUCCUCAACUGUAUCAUGGACCCGUACGUUGAGGUGUUCGACUGGUGUGGUCGCUUCGUGUUGGGCGCCAACACGCUGCUCAAUGGCUGGACGGCUUGGGCGGCGUGGCACGACUCGCUCAGCUUCGAGCUCGUGGACAUCGGCAUCGUCGAUACGGAGGACACGCUGGCCGUGACCACCAAGGCGAAUCUUCGGGUGCGCGUCUCGCAGAAGACUAUCGAAAUGUUGUUCCCGCACAUUUUGGGCAACCAACUACUGUGCAACAAGAUGCUCGGUCAGGAGAUCUGCUACCCGAUACGUGACACAUUCUUCUUCGCCUCCAACAAGCGGAUCAUCAAGUACAUGUGCGAUCUUGACUUUACGAACGCGCUGCUACCGGUCGCAGGCGACUACGAGACCGUGCUCUACCUCAUGUCGCCGCCCAACCAGGCGUCGCUCAAUGAUCUCGCCGUGCGAACGUCUCCUGGAGACCUCUCCGAGAACUCACGGCUCGACGUCGAGUUUCUGCUGUCUGAGGACGACGGUCCGACAGACUCAUAGGCUAAGAGAAUGCCACGUUGGACACACAGCGUGCUUACAGCACCAUGUACACAAAACUAGCAAGCAGUCAACGUUUUACUACUGUACUAAGUACGUACAACAAUGUUCGGGGUGGUGGUGUUCGUUCGAUCCGCAUUGUCGAGGCCGAGCACUGGCCGAGAUUCCCUUCUCGACCUGGCCGAGCAGCAGAUCAAAAGUCACGCCUUUGCGAUUCGAUGACGUGACAAAGCACAUUUCGUGCGUGCGCGGGCACCGCGUGACUGCCUGCAUGCGUGCAAGGGCUGGCAAAGAAUGGCUGGCAAAGGUCCUUUGCCAAAGGAGUCCUCCGACGGGAAACAUCAAGUGUAGCGUGCCUCAACUCAGUUGAAAUUCAACUGAUUCGACUGACUUUGGAAUCCCUCCCCGAACCGCACCGAAAAUUGGACGUUUUAUAAGUAACAAUACCUUGUAUGAGUGAAAAGUUAUCAAAGCCAUUUUUAUUUCAGAAA